ACCUUGGUCAGUCCGCAUUCCUUGUUUCCCCUUCACCAUCACCACAGAACCCACCCUACUCCAUGCAACAUGACUAAGCGCCCACAGCCCGCCCCAGCCAUAUUUACACCCCCAGUAUUUAGGCCUAGACCUAAAUACACACCCACCGCCGCGUCCCCGCCAGAGUACCAUGACCACACUAUGGAAAACGGUCGUCGCUACCGCGGCCACAAGGAUGAAUUCCCAUGGCCGAAUGACGACGAAGCCUUGAAGUCUUACAGCUGGCUUAACACCACCUGGACCUAUCUCCUCGAGGCAGAGGGGCAGAGUCUCAUUAGCGCCCCGGUUGUCCUGCACAAGGGCACCAAGGUCCUAGAUUGUGGCGCGCGCGGCACAACGUGGAUGUACGAUAUCAACGAAAAGUAUGCUGGGACACGAAUAGCCGUUAUUGAUCCUGGCUGCGCGUGGCUUUGGCCGGCUUUCGUUACUGUGCAUCAUGAGCUCGAGGGCGAGUGGCCGUUUACUGCCCGUCAGUCCUUUCACUACAUCCGCGGCUUUGCCCUGGGCGGCAUGAUUGCCGACUAUGAUGGGUUGUAUCGGAAUGCGUACAAGCAUUUAUUACCGGGCGGCUGGUUUGAAGUGCGUGAUCACGAUCUCCAGUUCUUCGUGGAUACCCAAGGUGGGGAUGAGGAGAAGGAGGGUACUGGAAGUGAAGGGACAGAGGGGAAGUUGGUUUUGCUGCGUCGCUGGGAGAAGCUUAUGGCAGAGGCCGCGGAGAAGUUUGGAAAGCCGAUCAAUAUGGGGGGCAAACAUAAGGAGAUGAUGGAGCAAGCGGGCUUUACAGAUGUCCAUGAAAAAGUAUUCCAGAUCCCAUUCGGCGAUUGGAAGGGAGGAAAACCAUGGGAACACGUAAGGGAUUCGUACAUCUUGCACAUGAGGCAUGGUCUAGAGGGGUACACGUUGCGGCUGUUUACCAAGACACUAGGAUGGUCGUUGGAAGACACGAGGACAUUCAUUCGGGAGCUGCAGGCGGAAAUUUCCGAGCCUAAACUUGAGCAUCUGCGGCUGUACUCCCUGUUUCGAGUUGUCUACGGCAAGAAGCCGAAAAGUGCGUCGAGGAAGCCCGAGGACGCCACUUUGAAGUCAGAACGAGCAACCCAAGAUACUGAUAAUGCCGCCAAUAGGAGUUAGAAUCUGUCACACUUUUUGUUCUUCUUUGGAUUACCUUUGUUUUUGUUCUCUUCUAUUAUAUGCAUUUUGGUCUUCCCAGACGCGUUCUAGUUAUCACCGGAUCUCUUUUAGAAUUUAGAGCUGGUUGCUUGUAGGCAGUCGUGCUAAUCACUCCUCUUAGCUCUAUAGGGGCUUACUUCCUGCACCUAUUAUACCCACGAUUGACUCUGAAUGCGAGCAUCGUACCUUGACAUGUUCAGCCGGGAACCUUCCACAGUUAUGCCUUCAACAAUGUGCCAU